AAGCCGGAAGCGGCUGCUGUCGGAACCACCCGGCUAGGGAUCUAGUACUGUCCGGCCCGGGGAUGGCUCGGGACGCGGAGCUGGCGCGCAGCAGCGGGUGGCCGUGGCAGUGGCUGCCGGCGCUGCUGCUGCUGCAGCUGCUGCGGUGGAGGUGCGCCCUGGGCGCGCUCCCCUUCACCAGCAGUCGGCACCCAGGCUUUGCGGACCUGCUGUCGGAGCAGCAGCUGCUGGAGGUGCAGGACUUGACCCUGUCUCUGCUGCAGGGCGGAGGUCUGGGGCCGUUGUCACUCCUACCCCCGGAUCUGCCGGAUCUGGAGCCCGAGUGCCGGGAGCUGCUGAUGGACUUCGCCAAUAGCAGUGCCGAGCUGACCGCCUGUAUGGUGCGAAGCGCUCGGCCCGUGCGCCUCUGCCAGACCUGCUACCCGCUCUUCCAACAGGUCGCAAUCAAGAUGGACAACAUCAGCCGAAACGUCCGGAAUACCUCCGAGAGCCCGCACUGUGGCGGAAGUCUCCUGACGGCAGACAGAAUGCAGAUAGUUCUCAUGGUCUCUGAGUUUUUCAACAGCACGUGGCAGGAGGCGAACUGCGCAAAUUGCCUAACAAACAAUGGUGAGGAUUUGUCAAAUAACACAGAAGAUUUCCUCAGUCUGUUUAACAAGACUUUGGCCUGCUUUGAGCAUAACUUGCAGGGUCACGCAUACAGUCUCCUCCCACCAAAAAAUUACUCCGAAGUAUGCAGAAACUGUAAGGAGGCAUAUAAAAACCUGAGCCUCCUGUACAGUCAGAUGCAGAAAAUGAAUGGGCUUGAGAACAAGGCUGAGCCUGAGAUGCACUUAUGCAUCGAUGUGGAAGACGCAAUGAACAUUACUCGGAAGCUUUGGAGUCGAACCUUCAACUGUUCGGUAACCUGCAGCGACACGGUGUCUGUGGUGGCUGUGUCUGUGUUCAUUCUCUUCCUGCCUGUCGUCUUCUACCUCAGUAGCUUCCUUCACUCAGAGCAGAAGAAACGCAAACUCAUUCUACCCAAGCGUCUCAAGUCGAGCACCAGUUUUGCCAACAUUCAAGAAAAUGCCACCUGAAGCCUGUGAAACGGGGACUCGACCUCACAUCGUGCCAGUAAGUGGUUAGACCACAGCACAGUCGAGAAGAAGAUGAGCCAAGGUCGGACAAGUCACAUUCUCGUGAAAUGUUGGGGCUGCAGACCUAUAAUUUAUUCUGAAUAAGUGUUCUCAAAUUCCGUUUUCCUGAGCAACCCCCCCUUUUUUUUUUUUGAAGAUUUCUGUAUUUUUAAUUUUCAAACAUAGCAAUGUUACAUAUUUUAAGGUAUAUCUGUUACAGUAACAAGUGAGGGCUUUUUUCUCAGGCAUAUGAAUGACUACUUGACUCUUCUGAUUUAUCCUCCUUAGUAGAAGUGCACAAAACAGAAAAGGCUGAGAUCUGCUAUCUACACAUUAGUCACUGGGAGCCACCAUGAAAAAGAAACAUACUUGCCAAAUGGUAGCAGGCUCGAUGAUUAACUUAAGUGAAUUCCCAUUGUAGUAUUGUCGUAUGUAUACACACAUACACACACACACACAUAUACAUUUAUGUAUAUAUGUAAUGUAUAUUUAAUAUAUCAUACAUUAAAAUAAUGUUCUCUAGUUCCCUGAAGUCCCUUUUGAAACCACUAGUUGAUUAUAAACCUCCUUAACAGUUUUUAGAAAGCGAUGCCACAUUAUACAUUUAUCUUUGUUAAAGAUUUAAAGUAACUGGGUUUCUAAUAUGACUUUUAUAAAUACUAUUUUACAUCUUAUUUUUGCCUUUAUUUCAUAAGUAUUUUAAAAUCACUGGAUUGCUUAAUUACCUUUGAGGACAAGAUGGAUUCAUCUUAUGCCAGGGAUUUGCAUCAUGAAUUUCGUUAAGUUAUUUGGCAACCUGUAACUUAUUAGUAGUUUAAGUCAAAUGUCACCCACGUCUGUCAAACUGUGUUUAAAUUUGUGAUUUUUAAUGAAAAUUUUAUCUUGGAAUAUUUGGAGCUUUGGGGAGAAACAAGGACAAAUACAAGAGCUUAAAUUUCAGAACCUAGACAAGGACCUGCAGGAUGCUCACAGUAAGCCAGCUGCGUGGUUUACACUGGAGACGAAUCGGUUGCCAGGCUCACACAAGAAGCCUCCCAGGUACGGGAGGGAUGAAAGUUACAUGACUGAAAAGAAAUUACCCACUCACUGUCAGGAAACCAGUUCUGCUUUGGAAAGUUCUAGCAGCCUUUAAAACAAUGCUUGUCUCAGUGUCUUUCCAUUGUAUUUCUCAAGAUACAGAAGUUGAAAUGGUUUUGUUGGUUAAUUCAGUGGAAACGGGCUUUGUGGUAAAGGUUGUGGAUAGGAAACUCCUCGGAUUCAGUGGUUAAGAAAAUGUGACUCCCUUCACAGACUGUAAUUGCUCUGGAGGGAGACAGGAGUGCUUGGGUAUUUUUGUAUGUUUACCACAUAUGCAGAGUGUGAGAGCAGGCUAGUCCUAGUUCCAGAGUGUGUCAGACCGAGUGUGUGACAAUCAUAUGACGCUGUGAUCCACUAGAUAUGCUAUCACUGUUCCUGUCUUGAUUUGAAGCACAUGGUUGAGGGUCAUUGAAAGCCAUCUUCAUCAAUACAUAUAAAGCCUGUUUACAUGUGCAAAGUUAGCGAAGUGACAUAUUUAAACUGUGAGUAGCGACUCCUCGGGCACCUUUCAGUCUUGUGUGUACCAACCAUUGCUUUGGGAUAAGAAGCUGGAGAGCACUUUAACAAACCAGCCGUUGCUGUUCCCGAGCAGGGCCCAGCUGUAUAGAAGUUGCAUCAGAAAUAGAUUUGAAAAUGUGCUGAAGAGUUUUAUCUUGUGGUCAUAUAAAAAAUGUACAUAGCUCUGAAUCCUGAGACACAUAGGGUUAUGUGUGUGCACAAGAAAACUUGUUUUUUUUUUCCUUAUGCUUUACAAUAAAGGAGAUAACAAGGAAAA